AUGCCUGGCCUUACGGCAUUCGGAGCCCUUCCCUCAGGCCCUGCCAUGGCGUGGGCGCUGAUUCUGGCGCUCUGCAACGGGGCGCUGGCCCCCGUGGGCGCGCUGGACGCCAUGGGCCCUCACGCAGCAGUCCGCCUGUCGGAGCUGCUGACCCCGGAGGAGUGCGGCCACUUCCGAUCGCUCCUAGAGGCGCCCGAGCCCGACGUGGACGCCGAGUUGGCCCGGCUAUCUGAGGACUGGCUGGCACGGCCUGAGCCGUCCACACCCUCUCCCGGAGCGCAGGGUAUCGUGGGGCAACGGCGGCGGGCGGCAGCCACGCAGCCGUCGGAGGGACAGGAGGGCGUGCCAACCGGGACCAGGGAGGUGUCCGACGGUUGCCGCGAGGCGCUGGCGUCCUGGUUGGCCGCCGAAGCCCCGGUCCUGUCGUGGGACCGCGUGGCCCGGGCGCUACGGCGCAGCGGCCGCCCGGAUGUGGCGCGGGAGCUGGCCAAGAACCUCCACCAGCAGGCGACGUUGCAGCUACGCAGGUCAGGCGCGAACUACGUGCAGCCGCCCGUGGCCCCCGCCCCGGCCCCGGCCCCGGCCCCGCGCUCCCGCCGCUCCGGGGUCCCCGCGCACUCCUGGGACGAUUUAGAGCUGAUCGUGGAGCGCCUGCCGCAGCCCCCGUACACGCGAAGCCCAGCAGCCUGGAUCGGGCCGCUGGUGCUCGGCCUCCUCGUUGGCUUCGUGGGAGCGCUGGGCACCGGGGCGCUGAUCACCGUGCUCACGCUGUGGAUCGCAGGCGGCGACGGCGAUCCCGCCCCGCGCGCUUCCUCCGGGCCCAGGCCGUCCCCAGCGCCAUGCCGCUGGGAAGCAGAGCCGCUCCUGCCCCGAACCUGGGCGCCGCAGGGACCGUCCCCCCACGGCCGGCUGCUGUGA